AUGGCGGGGGAGGAGGCCGCGGAGGGAAGCGGGAACAGGAGGCGGAUGGAUCUAAACCUGUACCUGGGCCUCCCUCCAUUGCCGCGGCCUCCAGGUCGGCUGGGUGUAGCUAUGGAUUGCCCGCCGCCGGCCACCUCGGCCAUUCCGGUUCCGGAAUCUCCAAGAAUGGAUGAGCCUGCAGUACUACCGGCACCAGAGGAGAUGCCGCCACUGCCCGUUGUAUACUCGCCGUCCAAUGCGCUCUCCACGCCGGAGCUAUCGCUGAUAGAUCCGAUGCUAUUUGAUUGGCUUGAUGGCCUCAGUACGGACAGUGAAGAGGCUCUUGAUGCUGGUGAACCGGCUGUGGUGCGCGACGCGUCCUCACAUGAUGCCAAUGUCUCACCACCGCCGCCAGCGCCAUUGUCUCUUCCUGGGCUAGAAGGGGUUCGCCUUGAAUGGGUGGAAAGGCUUUCUCACCCUAUUCUGGUGACUCCUGCAGCCGGAGCAGAGAUGGUGAGCACGAGGGUGAUGAGGCAAUCUAUGGGGGCUGUGAAUGCAAUUGAAGACAUGACGCCUGAGCUCCGCCUGCAGAGGUUGAUCCAGGUGAGUGAACAGCACCGCAUUGUGCGGCCGGGGUCAGUGAACCGCAACCACCGGGCGACCAGCCCAGAAGCAGAAAGACUGGCGCAAGCCAUCCAGCGGUCUCAUAGCUCUCUAGAUGCAUCAAGGCGGCAGAAGCUCGAUGGUGAUGGCAAGAUGACAGGAAUUGGUGCUGUCAAGAAGGACGGGAACUGUGGGUGCAACUCCAGUUUCGAGUGCAAUAUCUGCCUUGAAGCGGCUAAAGAGCCCGUGGUUACACCGUGCGGCCACCUCUUCUGCUGGCCAUGCUUGUACCAGUGGCUCCAUGGACAUUCAGCCCACUCUGAGUGCCCUGUUUGCAAGGGAGAGGUGCUCGAAGUAAAUGUCACACCAAUAUAUGGAAGAGGAGGUGGUGAACGGGAUGCCUGCAGCAAUGAUGUUCCUCCCAGACCGCGCGCAAACAGGAGUGAGAGCUUGAGGCAGCAGCUGCAAAUGCCAGACCCAAGAGGCAUUGCAAGCAUGGUGAGACGGUUGAUAGAAAACCAGGAUAUAGUGAGAGGCCAGGCAGCUCCACCUGCAGGCGGGGUUGAGGUGACUGUACUUCCCGCAGCCCGGUCAAGGGCUAGGGUACGGAGACAGCAAAGACACAGUCUUGUUUCACCCUCCCCAAUAAUGCUGCGUGCAAGCAACGCAGCCCCUGAGAGUGGCAAUCAGGUCCGAUUGCCAUCUUCUAAUUCCGUUAAUGCUGCACCCGCAGUUACUCAGCAGUCGUCAUCCAUGGAGCAGGCAUCGACUUCUAGCACCCUGGCUGUUAUAGUGGGACAGGCAGCCCAAAGUAGGAGGUCCAGACCUUCGGAGUCCACAACCACAAGAAGAACAAGGAGGAGGCAGCAGCAGUAG